AUGAUUCCAGCAACUCAAUCUAUGUAUUCAUCUGAUUCCUAUAAUCCUCAAUAUCUUGACAGUCGCUUAGAUAAUCCAAUAAUACAACCAUCCGCACAGCGACUCUUAUCACGGUCAGUUAUAUCAUCAUCAAAUUAUGAACAAUUAACUAAACAACCAACAACAAAAUCAGACAGAUUACUAACUAAUAUUAAUACAAAUCAAGGUUUGCCAGAUGAUGAUAUUACUCAAAAAGUUAACAACAAUCAAGAAAAAUCUGUUCUACGUGAUCCAGCUGGAAGAAAUAUUCCAAAAUUAAUUAUGAAUGAUAAUCUUAAUAAUCAAGCUUUUCAUUCCACAACACAUUCGCUUUCGAAUUUUGAUAAUAAACAUAUCGAAUCAUAUAAACAUUUCGAACCAAAUAAACAUAUCGAAGCUAAUAGAUAUAUGGAAUCAAAUAAACCUUUCGAAUCAAAUAAACCUCUCGAAUCGAAUAAACCUUCAGCUAGUUACGCAAAUCAAUAUCUAUCUAGUAAAGUUAAACCACAACCAACAUCAACAGAAAUAAAUAAAAAACAACAACAACAACAACAACAACCAGUAUCAACAGAAGUAAAUAAACAACAACAGCCAGUAACAAAAGUUGUAGAAGAAGAUACAAAACCAAUAAAUGGAUAUUGGAAAACAGGAACACUAUUUAAUAAACAAGGAGUUGUAGCAAUUGGACCUAUUAUAUAUGAUGACAAUUCCUAUGUAGGACCAUUUGGUUUAAAUCAAACAGGUGCAUACAUAUUCUAUAUUGGUAUGACCGUAUUUAUAUUUCUAGCUGGAAUAUUUUUAAUUAUGUGUCUUGUUUUUUAUGGUCAAAAAUAUCCUGAUCCAACAAAAAAUAGUGGUACGUUAGCUGGUAUUGGUAUAUGUGCAUUUGCAUUUUAUCUUGGUAUACAGAUAAUAUUAAUUGGUUUAUGGUAUCAAAAAUAUCGACAAGAACAUCCGAAAAAGAAAAUUCCUCAUCAAAAACCACGAUUAAUGUAUACACCAUAUGGAUAUUAUUUAUAUCCACAAUAUUUCUCAGAUAUCAAUGAACAAUUACAUAUGCAACAAUAUGGUACAUUAAAAACUGAACCAGAUACUAAAACUGUUCCAUUGACAAAACCUGUUGAAGUUAUAUCAGCAAAAUCUGAAGUAAAUAAUAUGAGAACAAUUUCAGAUAAUAAAGAACAACCGAUUAUUUUAUCAAAACCUGAAUUUUACUAUAUGGAAUCAGUUUCAGAUACAGUCGAACCAGUAUCAUCCAUUGAACAGAAAAUAAAUGAGAAAAUUGAUUCAACGAAAACUCUUUCUACCGGAACAAAACAAAAUACUGGCAAAUCUUCAACAGAGGUGGAUAUAUCAAAAAAGAACAAACAAACGAAACCUAUCGAUAAUAAAACGAUAAUCUCGUCGUCAAAUGAUCGUCGUACAGUGGUAACUGAAUCUCAUCCACCUCCAUCAGUUUCACAGAUUGUUUCGAAAACACAUGAAGAUACAUCCAGUGAUUUACAAAUAGAAGAUAUUAAAGCUGAUAAUCAACGUACAAAAAUAAAAAACAGUAAAUUAUCAUCGGGAAAAAUAAUGACAAAUGCUUUUUAUGAUGAAAUGUUUAAUAACAUGUAA